GAGGACUAUAAAAGCGCUGCCUCUUUGACUGGAACAUUCAUUUAAUGUCACAUCUGGGCAUGACUGAGGAUUUGGGAUGCACAGCAGGUCACUUGUCUCUGUAUCAGGUUUGACUAAAACAGCAGAAUCAGUAUGCUGAGGAGAACACUGUGAAGGACAAAGAGGUCUCUAACCCUAAAGAUGAAGAACUUUUACAGAAGUUUGGGCUUUUUUUUCCUUCUCUGCUGCAUCUGCUUGACUGAGUGUCGGGUGCUAAAGUUUGUUGUAGCUGUGUUUCGACAUGGGGAUCGAUCGCCCAUUGAGUCGUAUCCGAGGGAUCCUCAUGGGGAGGAAGUCUGGGCUCAGGGUUUCGGACAGUUGACCGAGCUGGGCAUGAAACAGCAGUUUGAGCUUGGCAGGUUUCUGAGAAGGCGUUAUGGAAACUUUCUCGGUGAAGAUUACAACAACAAAGAGGUGUAUGUGCGGAGCACUGACUACGACCGCACUCUGAUGAGUGCGCAGGCCUGCCUUGCUGGGAUGUUCCCUCCAACCAGACGUCCCCCUCCAAUCAUGCCCCAGUUACUGUGGCGGCCUGUUCCAGUGCACACCAUCCCUAGGGCCCAGGACAAGCUCUUGAAAUCUCCAGGGAAAGACUGUCCAAGGUUCAGAGCGCUGAUGUCGGAGACCUUUGAGAGUGAGCCUUACCAGAGGUUUCUCAGGGCUCACCAGUAUUUUGUGGAGGCGCUGUCCAACCACACUGGCUAUCCUGUGUCCAAACUGGUCGGCAAAAAAAUAUGGAGGGUCUACGACACUCUAACCUGUCAGAGGAUCCAUAACUUGACUCUCCCACGCUGGGUCACCCAAGAUGUUCUGGACACCCUGAGGAAAAUCGCAUCCUUUGAGGUUAUGUACAGCAUCCUCAGUCACAAGAGAAAAGAGAAGGCCAGGCUCUCAGGAGGGGUUCUGCUGAAUGCCAUCUUGAGGAAUUUCUCCAAGGCUGUAGAGCAAAGGAGCGCUCUCAAAUUUAUUAUGUACUCAGCUCAUGACUCCACACUCAUCACGCUCCAGGCUGCUCUGGACGUGUACAACGGCCUUCUUCCUCCUUACGCUGCCUGUCAACUCUUCGAAUUCUACCAGGAGUAUGAUGGAUCCUAUUCACUGGAGCUGUACUACCGCAAUGACUCCUGGCGUGACCCCUACCCUAAUCCGGUGCCAGGAUGUAAUGGGCUUAACCCCUGCCCUUUGUCACUGUUCACUGAUUUGGUGAGGGAUGUGAUGUCCAAUGACUGGGAGGUGGAGUGCGGCUUCAGAACGAGAUGGUCGAGCGCAGGUGUCAUAACAGCUCUUGCAGUGGCUGUGGGAGUCCUGGCAGUGGCACUGUUGUUUAGCAUAGGAGUGGCAAUGCACCGGAGAAGAGCCCAUUACUCCAGGGAGGUGUAGGGCAGGUCUACUUUCACAAGUGUGCCAAAAAUACAGAAUGGUGCUUUUUACAGCUCUAAUAAUAACGUGCCAUGUUGUUGUUUUUUUUUUUUUUUUAAUAUUUCAGAUUCUAACUGGGUGUGUGAAGAGUUAAUGAGCAUUUAAUUUCUUUACAUUUUCUAUAAUUAUUUUUAUAGCAUAAAAUGAAUAUACAGUGUGUGCAUGAAUGAUUCAAAAAUAAAAAAAAAUGAUGUAU